AUGCAAGCCAUGUGCAUAGGGCUUAGGUUCCCACGACCAGAUCAGCUGCCGGACCUAAUCAGGGUCAGCAUAGACAGCGGCAAAAUGACUCACCACCAUCCAACUGGGUAUUUUGGAUCACUUGCUGCUGCCCUGUUUACCUCGAAUGCUAUAAAUCAAAAACCUCCACAUGAGUGGGGCAGAGGCCUGCUGGAUCUCUUACCCAAAGCCAAGGCCUUUGUGGUUGAGUCAGAUCAUGAUGUGGAAGCAAAUCUGGAGAGUUGGUGAGCUUUUUAGAUUAUUGGUACAGAUAUAGAUCAUAUGUCUUCUUUGCUUUUUCUACACAAAGUCAAUUCUGCUCGCACCUUUGCACAAAACAAUGUAUUUUACUUAUAAAUGGGGAAGUUUAGGGUAACAUUCUAGAAGUGUCGCAAUCAGCAGAAACGUAGGUAAGUAUUUUCCAGUAUAAGGCAAUACAGGUUGCAUACAGGAACAUACAGAGUUGAAGUAGUUAAGCAGGUAAGUAUUUUCAGUAUGGUAGAUCAAGAAGGUAAGUAACUUCAGUUUGAUACAAUGCAGAUAAAUACAGGAUGAUUACAGGAGCCAGGAUCAGAAGUUCUUUGUUGAAACACUGACUUCAAUGUCAUGGCGACUUGUAUCAUAGGGUGUGGCCUUUUAUAGCUGAGUUGAUUGAAGUCUCUCCAGGUGAGCGCCUGAGAUGUCUAGUGCAUUGGGAGGCCACUAGAGGUGAAAAUAGGGAAGUGAAAUCAAAGGGACAGUAAUAAAUGAAAAAAGUCUUACGUGUCAGUUUUGGAAUCUGACAAUAAAUAUAUAAUUUAUCUUUAUGAUUGAUGAUAUGAUUAUUGCCUUGGGAACUGUUAAAGCUAACUUUUAACCUGGAGUGACAGGUUUAUUUUAAAAUGUGCUUUACCAUUAUUCUCUCUCUUUUCCUACAAUCCCAUAUAUAUUUGUGCGCAAAUUCACACAAAUGCAAGGAUCCAAAAUAUUCGCUGCCAUUCACUGCAAGUAGGGAUAUUGGACUGUUCCAGUCCAUGAGGAAGACCAAUACAAAUUUGCCUUCACAUUUGGAAAACAGCAGUAUACCUGGACCCAGAUGCCUUUCGGAUACAUAAAUCCUGGUCAUGAAUUGUUUUAUUUUUUUUAAAUCUUUUAUUUUUCGUGUGGUGAGAAGAUAAACAUACAUGUAUUACCACAACAGCGAAUACACUCUAUUCGAAAGCAGUUCCCAUUAAAUACACAGCAUGGUAAAGGUACAAUUUGCACACAUUUUAUAAUUAUAGUGGACUGGUAUGUUGUAAUGAGGAAAUUAACAGGUAAAACUGUGGGGGUAUAGGAUACCUGUCUGUUUGAAUUAGUGCAGAUGUCGUGGAGCCAUGGGUUGGGGGGAGCGUGCCUUUCGGCUAUGACUUCUGACUAUAGUAGCUGAGCCCCAGUCAUACCUCUUAAGGCUAGUGGCUUAUGGUGCGCACCAUGGCCCCCAGUGUAUGGACUGGGUGUGGUUUGUGGUGCUUUGUGGUGUUCUCCUGGGGUGUCUGUAGCUUUAACUGGGCCUGCACCCAUGUUGGCUCGUAGCUGUGGCCACCUGGCUAUCACCCAUAGUUGUAGUGCACUGUGAGUCUCGGACUGUUACAUAGUGGUAAUGGCGGCUAUGCAUUGUCGCGACCUCCUGGUCAUAAAUUUGCUUUGCCUGGUGCACCUGAGAGAGGAAUGUUAUCCUAUGUGGGUGAUGUCAUUCUCACAAUAUUUUUCUGGACAUUUUCUUUUAGCUUUAGGGUUUUUUAUUUAAUAUUUUACUGCUUUAGUAUAAAUUAAACCAAGAUAAACUUGUAUAUAUUGCAAAUAUUGCUUAUGUGUAUGUAUGUAAGUGUUUUGUCUUAUUAUGCAAUCAUUGUUUUUGAAUGCAUAAAUUAAAGCUGUUCUCACUGAUGUACUGUGUCUGCAGGCAUUUUUCUUUUGUGGAUGAAAGGACUAUAAAACAUUAUAUAAGGCUUACUGCCUGUACUACUCAUGACAUCUGUUUCAUGCACACAGUAGCUUAUCACACAUUGCCUUUACAUUGAUUUAUUUCCCCAUACAGAUUGAAAUGUUCUUCCUAUUUUAGUGAGUUCCUUCUUAGACUGCUUGCUUACUUUGACUCCUUGCCUGGCUAUUUGAUUAACAUUCUCCCUGACCCUUAUCUGCGAGGACAACUGUAGGUUAGCAAAACCUAGGAAGACCAGUUCUUGAAUAGGUAAUAGGGCCUCUAUCUUCUCAUAAACUGUAAAAGUUAUGUAUUUUGUCAGUAAAUGGUUAGUAUUAUAGAUGGAUCAAUGGCUCAUCAGUAACUGCUCCAAAUACUCUCUCUUGCAAUCACAGUACGAAUAUUACGAUAUAUUAGAUAAGAUAUAAGCUGUCAAAUUUCUAUAUUUGUGUUUGUUUAUACCUGAUGAAAGAUUAAAGUUUUCUGUUUCUUGGAAUUUAGUCAAUGAUUUAUUUAGUUUUAUUCUUUUUAGGCCUUACUUUGAAAACCAGUGGAAAGCUUACCUUAAAAAAGGGGUAUUUUAGACGGAAAGUCUCCGCCAACGUUCCCAGAGAAGUAUGACCUGAAGGAACGAGAUCAGUUUUACAAAGACAUCAGUUAUAGCGGUCGGGGUGGAGCCAGUGGGCAUAAUGCCCCUAUAAUUGCAUAUGACGCCAUACUUGGAGCUGGAAAGAACUGGACAGAACUCACCCACAGGGCUUUCUUCCAUGGUGGUGAUAGUGAUUCAACCGCUGCCAUUGCAGGAGCCUGGUGGGGAGCCAUGUAUGGAUUCAAGGGGGUCAGCCCUGUCAACUAUAAAAUGUUGGAAUACAGGGAGAGACUGGAGAGGCUUGGAAGAGAUUUGUACCAACUAGUAUAG